AUGGCGUUCACCACGUAAGGGGAAUUUUGUGAAUCAGUUUCUCGAGUUUAUUAAUCCAUUCAUGUUCAGAUUACAUGACUCAGGCCAGGAUGUAAUUCUAUUGAGAUUAUCACGCAGCUAGCAUUCGGACAGUGAUUUCAAAUUGACUGCUUAGGAAUGCGUUUUGGGAGUCUAAAAACGAGGCGAAAGAAAUAAUGGAAAACCAGCCGAGCGUAAUGCCUGGGCCGAUCAUCAAGCCGACGGCGGCGAGUGAGGACGGCAAGUCACCCAACGUGUCGCCCUCCAAGAAAAAUAAACUUCCCGGACGACAUGUGAUGUUUGCUGAAGACGAAACUAUUGUUUCAAAAAAACUCGACCCUCCAAACCCAUGGAGACAUGCCAAAGAUAUCAGUUCCGAGGAACUUCAGGCAGCGUAUCAGGCGGCAUGCUAUACAAUGAAGCUCAAACCAAAUACCAAGAUAGUUCAACAACUACAGAAUAUAAAAGAUUUCUCCAAAAGAACAGAAUGCUUCAGUCUCAAAGGUGACAAAGUGGAUAUUCGAGUUGUAGAAACCCUGGAGGAAGUGUUCAAGCGAGUCCAGUUCAACACCGUGGACAUGGAGGCAGCGAGCUUAGACGAUGAGGCUGCUGCUGCACUAUUUGACAUGAUGGAAUUCUAUGAAUCGGCCAUCAGGUUGGUGAUUGCAUCCAACAGGUCCAUCGGUGCCAGGGGCUGGCAAGCUGCAUCCCGGCUACUCAAAAGGGUCUCGUCAUUAGAAUGUCUCGAUAUACGCAACACCAAUUGGACCGAGUACAGCAUGCCCAUGCUAGCGAGGGCGCUACGUGCCGACAUCACGUUAUCGGCACUACACAUGGAAGGGUGCAAUAUUUCAGGGCGACCUCUUUUCUUGCUAUUAAUGGCAUUGAAACAGAAUACCUCUAUACGAGACCUCUAUCUUGCUGAGAACAGACUGGUGCCCUCAGAUGCAAUACACCUUGGCAGUAUGCUCAAACACAACAGAGGUGUCAAGCUGCUAGACCUUAGAAAUAACCACAUACAGGAUGCUGGAUUGUCCCAUUUAUGCGACGGUUUACUUGAUCAAAUGGAAGGGCAGUUAAUGACGCUGGUACUGUGGAAUAAUCAACUCACCCAGAAUGGAAUGACACAUCUUGCUAGAGCUUUGCCUAUCCUAAACAAUCUGGAGACAUUAAAUCUGGGUCAAAAUAAUCUUGGCAAUGAUGGAGUGCACAUCCUCAAAGAUGCCCUGAUGAAGAACCGCUCGCUGCUCAGACUGGGGCUGUAUGCAUGUAGAUUUGGAGAUCAAGGCACAGUCGCACUGGCAGAAUUCGUCGCAGACAACUGGCAGUUAGUCAGGCUAGAUCUGCGGGAGAAUGAAGUGCGAACCGGCGGUCUGAUGGCGCUGUCCUACGCCAUGAAGGUCAAUAAAGUACUGCUACGUCUUGACCUGGAUAGAGAGGUCAAACGAGAACAGAUGCGAGGGUAUGAGGAUCUUCAGAAAAGCCUCCACAGUGAACUCAGCGGACAUAUUCAACGGAACCGAGAACUCAAUCGCUUAGGUGAGCCGCUGAAACCUCGGCCGACCAACUCCUCGCCGCAAGAGGGCGACGAGUCGUCGAACACUCAGCAAACCAAUGGGACAAUGAAAGGUGACGCUGACAUCAUUCAAGAGUCUGAGGUACCAGAUAACGGACCUCAGAGUCCGACAACGAGAUUGAACCCUAGAACUCUCAAUGUGAAAUAUGUCGCUGAUCCGUCGUCCCUGCCUGUGGAGACGGAGGCGACUACCGCAAACAAUGACCCUCUGAACUUGGUGAGUUUCGAUGGGGAUGUCUCGGUGAGAACCACCUCCCAAAUGUCUUCCAGGAAUGAUACUGAUAGCAGCACAAAGACGGAGGCUAUGCAACACCCUCCUCAUCCUUUAAGCAACGAUAACUUCUUGAGGAGAGACUACAAGGAUGACCUUGACUCCCCGUCUGACCUGCCUGUAGCUAACAGCAUUCAUCUUCUGACUCAUCCCUUGCACGCUGCAAUGGCGCCCGCCUCUCCUCUCAUCCUCUCUCAUGCCACCAUGGUCAUGGGACACGGACCUUUUGCCGAUUUCCCAAGUAACACACCAUUAACCAAUGUAGACUCGGACUUGAACUCUGCUGCAGAGCAGUCUCUUGACAUCCCAAGUGUAAAUAACGAACCCCUGGCAGAAUCGUCGAGUCUCGAUGUUGACUCGACCGCAACGAAAUCUGACUUCAGUCCACCAACAAUAUCCACCAAUGAGAAGGCAAGUUUUCUCACAGAUCCACUCAAUGUGCUUGGGAGUGGUGACAGUCAGACUGCCGGCUUAUUCAAUGGCUCUGUAGAGCCAGGGCACCAGACAAACACAGAGAGUGAAGUGUUGUCCGAACCUGUUAGUGAAAAAGAUGCAACGUCGUCUUCAUCAGUAGAUGAUUAUGAGAAGGAGUUGGAUCAGAUAAUGGCCAAUGUCAGGACCUCCAUGCGACCAGACGUGACAUCGUCAUAACUCACACUGGCUACCCUGAUCACUCAACCCCCAACUAAAAAAACAAGAAAAAGAGGAAAACUCAAAGAGGAAAAUGCAGCAAGAAACGUCACACGUGUAUGAAUCAAGCUUGAUGAGUUUGAGAGUUUUGUACUUGCACACUGACUGGGAAGGGUUUUUGGUCAGUCAGGAUUACCUGCUUAGAUGUCGACCACUUGUAGACACAUCACAUGAACCCUGUGUACCAUUUUAAUUUUGAUUGUCAUUCUUUUUAUUUUAUUUUUUUGCGGGGAGGGAGUGGAGAAGAGCAUGGUUGGGGCUCAAAUUAUGCAAAUUAUGUUUUCGAAUUGGAGAGUGGGGUUGGGCCUCAACCUUUUAGUACACUAAUUGAGUGUGUAUGUACUUGAGUGGCUUGAACUGUGUCUGCAUUGCAUGUAAUGCAUGCAGAAGGACACUGAAGUAACUCCCCACCCCCUCCCCCACACCCCCAAUGGUGCAGUGGUAGAUGAUGACGUCAAAUGCUGAGAGUCUGUUGGCUUGAAAAACAAGGGUUGGAUAGUAGCAACUAUGUUGAUGUAAUGUUGUUAUUUAGCAACUCAUGAUAGCGUUGGCUUGUGUCCAUGUGGGUUGAAGUGAAUGAAUAAUGCCAAGUGAACAACAACUCACAAACACUCUUGCGUCAUCUUGUCAUUACUUUACAGUUUUGAGUCUGGAAAGUUUAAUUGAACUCUUAAUUUAUUCCAACCUCGUCACUCCUACCUCACUUUCCUCUCACCUUGGGCCAAUUUCAUAGAGCUGUUUAAGCAGAAAAAAAAUGUCCUAACAAUUUUCUGCUAAGCAGAAACAUCCAGGCUACCGGUCACAAAUGUUACAUGUGACAUAGUAGUUUGACUGGUAACCUUAUUCUGGUAAGCAAAAUGUUAUUGUGCUAAGCUAUAUGAAAAUUGGUCCUGUUCUCCUGUAUAUCUUGGGUUUUGAUCAACUGCGAUGGGUUAUCAUAUUAAUUGGUGGUGGUGUUAGUAUAGGGGUAUCUUUCCUCGUCUAACACCUCUAGGACCAUGGUUGAAUCACACUGAGGCACUUGUGGAUUGGGUUUUCAGCUCCUACCUGAUCAUCUGGGUUUUCCCCUGGACUAAUUCGUUGGGGUUUUCCUCCCACAUCUAAAACUGACACUUCCUUCCCCGUCUGCUCCAUUUGGUUUAUGGCCAGUACAGUUAGUUAGUUUACUUUUCAGAGAGUCCUUGACUUCACAAUCAGAAUAAAUGAAAUGAAGUUGUUUGAGAAGCUUUCUCCAGAAGACGAUCAGAGCAUACUGGAUCGAAACGUCAAUUUGAAACCUACUUCAACCUACUUUUCAGAACCACCCCAACUCAUUCAGUAGAUAGUCAGUGCAUGGUGUUACUGCAAGCCUUUCAAUAUCGUAUUUCCACCAUGCAAAGUUUCAAAUCCUACUUGUUUUAGAAUGUAAUACAAAGCGAUGUUGACAUUGAAAUAAAAAUGUCAAAAAUUAAUCUUUAAAAAAAAUUAAUAAUUAAAUAAAUAAUAUGUAC